AUGUUUGUUAACGGGGAAAAAAAGGAAAAAAGGCAGUCAUGUAACACGAGAGCUGAGAUUGGAGAUUUUCGUCGGGGUAUAAAAGCAAUAUCGGUUCUGGUAAGCUUCGCACUGGUGGUAGUAGUCCUUCUGUCUGCCGUGGAAAGGUCCACUUCGGCGCCUCACAAAGCGCAUUCCUUCCAGCACUUUCACGGGCCAGUCGAGGGCGAGGGUGUUGAAGUUGUCUGGAAAGACAAGCACGGACACGAGCACGUCGACUACAAAGCCCACCCCAAGUACAAAUUUUCAUAUGGCGUUGAGGAUCAUCACACUAAAGACUUUCACGGACAAAAGGAACAUCGCGACGGGAAGGACGUAGCAGGUGAGUACACCGUGCACGAACCCGGCGGCAAUGUCAGGACCGUAAAGUACCACGCAGACCAUCAUGGCGGUUUUCAUGCCAUAGUACACAAUUCCGGCGGAAACGACCACUCCGGCGGUACCUACGCCGGGCACGGGCACAGUUGA